AUGAGAGCUGCUGUUGUUAGUGCUAGAACAAGUCAUAGGUUGCUGCCUGCUGUGUUACAAUCGUUUCAGAUAUCAAUUACAUCUAACAGAAACAGAAUCAUUUUCAGGAACAUUAUGUCUGAAACUGAUCCAACCUCUUUCUCUGCACCAAGAUUGGUGAUUAAGAAGGUUCUUGCCAAGCAUCAACGUGAGGGUGAUGGUGCUGUUGUCAGGAGAUGCAUUGGAAGGACUGAAUUGAAGUCUUUGGAUCCUUUUCUCAUGAUGGAUGAUUUUUCUGUGUCUCCUCCGGCUGGAUUUCCUGAUCAUCCUCAUAGAGGGUUUGAAACUGUUACAUACAUGCUACAGGGGAGUAUCACUCAUCAAGACUUUGCAGGGCAUAAGGGUACAAUUCACACUGGUGAUGUACAGUGGAUGACAGCUGGAAGAGGGAUUAUCCACUCUGAAAUGCCUGCUGGAGAAGGUGUCCACAAGGGAUUGCAGCUUUGGAUCAAUCUGUCUUCUCAAGACAAAAUGAUUGAACCAAGGUAUCAGGAGCUUUUGAGUGAGGACAUUCCAAGUGCAGAACAAGAUGGAGCAGAAGUUAGAGUCAUAGCUGGAGAAUCAAUGGGAGUUCGAUCUCCAGUUUACACCAGAACUCCAACAAUGUACCUGGAUUUUAGUUUAAGGGCAAGAGCUCAAGUUCAUCAACACAUUCCAGAAUCAUGGAAUGCCUUUGCAUACAUAGUUGAAGGUGAAGGAGUCUUUGGCUACCAAAACAAAACACCCAUAUCAGCCAACCAUGUGGUUGUUUUCGGUCCUGGAGAUGGUGUAAGUGUGUGGAACAAGUCCUCAAAGCCAUUGAGAUUUGUGCUGGUUGCUGGUCAGCCACUUAAUGAACCAGUGGUUCAGUAUGGGCCUUUUGUGAUGAACACACAAGCUGAGAUUGAUCAAACUAUUGAAGACUAUCACUACAGCAAAAAUGGUUUUGAAAUGGCUAAGCACUGGAAAUCUCAUUGAGUGGGAUUGAAAUGGCUUUUACCAACAAUGACAUCAUCCCAAAAAUUCUACUGCUAAAAAAAAUAAGAGGCACCACCAUUAUCUCUAUCUCUAUCAGUCACUAUCUCCAUCCAUUAGAGAGCAGUCAGACAGGAGCUGAAAAUGAAAGAUUUCCUACUCAUUAGAGCAAAAAGCUUCUAGAAGGUUCAAAAUGCAGCUGGGGGAGAGUAUAUAUAGUUUAUCACCAAAGUCAUCAUGAUGAUUGAUGGGGUCAGCUUUUCUUAGUUGAGUCUAUUUUUUUUUAACAUGAUUUUUGUAAUCUUUUUUUUUCUUUGGGUAAUUUUUGUUUCCUUUUAUAUAUUAUAUUUUUGCUGACCCUUUUGGUAUAUUUCUUAAGGGUUUUUUUCCCUUCUCUUUGUUGUUGGUGGUGGAAAUUGUACUAGGGGUAACCCUUUUCCUUUCUUUUGAAUUGGAUUAUUAAUUAUAACUACUGCACCCAACAGUUGACCAUCCCCAACCUACCAUCCAACUGC